AUGGGAAAGCAGCCGGAAGACGUCAUCGAGUUUCCGGACAGCACAGUUAAUGUGAAAUUGGCGUUCUCCGAAAAAGACAUAAAACUUCUUGACGACGAAAGUACCGAGACCACUGAUACGUCACGAGUUUCAGAAUCUUCUGGAUCAAACAUAAAGUUUGCUGCCUCGUUAGCCGUUCUUUCAUCCGCAGGAAUUACAAUCAUCGUUCUACAUUCUCUAGCAAGUCUGAGCACCACACUUUCUGGAAUUGCUUCUCUUAUUAUUGCCAUAAUUGCUUACGAAUGGCAAAGAAUGUACGCCUGCAGCCUUUCAAGAAUUCCGCGAGCAAGCUUGAAUUACAGUGACUUGAUAGAUAAGAACAAAGACUACAUUCCAUUUUACACGAUGGGUUGGCUUCUGGGUGAGAGAUAUAAGCCGUAUGUGAUGGGAUGCACUCCUGAAGAGCCUGAUGACAGAACGCCAAAUGAGCCAGAAGCAAUAUCUCCUGAUAGAGAGCUACCGAAGGAUCCCAAGUUUUUGCGCUGA